CCUCACUACAAGAGAUCAUCUUGUAAUAUUCAGUUCAAGUGUUGUAAACAAGAUAUGUUUUUCCCUUGUCACAAAUGCCACAAUGAGYUCAUUGAAAAGCAGAAUGCCAGUGGCAAUGUUGACCAUGAUUUUGAUGAGAACACAAAGGCUUCUGAUCUUUAUGAACAUCCACAAGCUUCUUGUUUUGAUGCAGUUUGCUUCAAGUGCACUCACUGUGAAAAGUUAUUUGAAUCACGAGAGCUGAGUGAAAAAUGCAUCAAUUGCAAGACAAAGUUGGCAUCAUAUGUCUGUGUGAAAUGUCGAUUAUUGGUCAAUGCUGACAAGUCACUUGAUCCAUACCAUUGUGAUGACUGUGGAACAUGCAGAGAAAACAAAUCCAAAAACUUCCACUGCUCAAAAUGCAACAUUUGCUUGAAUAAGAAAAUGAAAAACAACCAUAAAUGCUUAGAGAACAGCGGACGUGACACAUGUGGAGUUUGUAUGGAGGAUGUGUUUCCUGGUUGUAAGGUCCUUCCAUGCAGUCACAAGCUUCACAGRCAGUGUUUAGAAAGUCUUCUUAAACAUGGAAUGAUCAACUGUCCAAGUUGUCGACAGUGUUUURUCCCAGACAACACAAAUGAUGAAUCCUCARGUKUAAAGAAAAUGCUAAAUUUCCUCUGUAAAUUGCCAAGCAUACUACACUCAUAAAUACAUCAAAAGCUAUAAAGUAACAUGAGUUUGCCUGACGUAUGAAAAUUGUACAAUCAUUUAUAGGUUACAACAUUAUACAUUUUCUAGACUAAAACUACACACUAAUUUAAGAGGAAUUUAGCUUAAUUUUAAUAACAAAAUGAGGGAAUUUUCAAAUAAAUAAAUAAACGUUUAGAAGUGUAAAAUGUCUUUGAUGUGUAUUAUCUUUUGUUUUUAUUGUUUUAUUUUGUUUCAAUCCACUACUGACCUGUUUUUAGAAACAUUGACCCAAAUAAAUGAGAAUAAAAAAGAGAAAUGUUAAUCUCCAGUGACAUUUUUGCUCAAGUUGAAAUAUUAGCAGAACUUUCUAAUAAUGCCUUUAACUAACAAUUCUAAAUUUUAGUGUUAGAAAAUGCUUUUGGCAUUUUUUAAACUCUGCUAACGUACAGACCA